UAACAGACGACUCAAUUAUGACCGUAAAAUAAUAAACCGUGAAUAAAUAAGAAUUAUAUUAAUUUAGGUACAUACCAAUUAGAAUUAUUAGUCUCUUUAUACUUUUUCUUUAUUAUCUUAAAAAAUUGCCUUUUCUGAAAGAAAAUUACUUUUGUGUAAAGAAAUUUAAAAAUGGUCUAUUUACAUUUUCCUUCGAACCUAACCGAGGAAGAACUAAUGCUACAAGCUAAAUACCAGAAACUAAAAAAAAAGAAGAAAGCUUUGCAAGCCCUUAAGGCACCAAAACCCGAACCAGAGAAGCCAAUUUUACCAAAAAGGCCUACAGAAGCCAGAGAUGCCAGGGAAAUAGCUAGAAAAUUGCUUAAAAGUGGUGCUAUUCAAGCUAUUAAAAGUCCUCCAACUCAGCCACAGAACACCACUUUCAAAAAACCACGUGCAGGUCGAGAAAGGAAAUUAAGUGGUUCUGCUGGAGUACCUGGAGGUGUUGCUUCAUAUCAACCAUUCAGUGCUUCACAAGAACCUCCACCUCAAGAAGAGAAACAAACUCCAAGAGUUAAAUAUCUUUAUGACUCUUUUGUCACUGCCAGAGAAAAGGACGACAAAGGCUCACGCACCCCCAAUCCAGGUGGCAGUACACCGUCUCAAUCAGAUGGUCGCAGUUGUACUUUACAAUUGGUCGGUCAACGGAUAUCUGAAGAGAUAUUGAGGAGACGCCUGGCUACUUUUGAGCCCUUUGCAUUCAUGCCAAAAGAUGACAAGGCUUUCUUAACCUUCGAUAGUCCUGACAUUGCGUCGCACGCUUUGUCGGCUCUUGAAGGCAACGAGGAGGGCUGGCGUAUAAACAUCGCGAGAAGACCUCCGCAGCAACAAGGGACUUGGAGUGCGUCGUCUUCACCACGGAAUCCACAACCGCCUCCCAAGGACUUGAAACGUACAUUAUUGACUUAUGAUGAUAUAUUUGAUUAAACAGAGCAGAUAAAA